ACGUUCAUAGCUGUAAAGAUGCGUGGGAUCUUUUGUGCACUCGCAGCAGUGCUGCUGGCUGCAGCCUGGGCAGACCACCAACACCAGCAUGGCCCUGAUCACAGCCACGAGGGAGAGCUGAGCUACCAGCUGUCGUCUCCCAAUGCUGACUUUGCCUUUGCCCUCUACAAAAGUCUGAAUGCCAACACUGCUGCUGGAAAGAACAUCUUCUACUCGCCACUGGGCAUCUCCACCGCCCUAUCCAUGCUGUCUACAGGGGCCGGUGGUGAAACCCACAGCCAGCUGUUCUCCAGCUUGGGCUACAGCACCUUAAACCAUACUCAGGUCAAUGAAGCGUACGAACAUCUUUUCCACAUGUCUGGACACAGCCAGGAGGAUCAGCGGCUGGAUGUUGGUAACGCCGUGGCCCAGCGCUCUGGCUUCACUCCUCUGGAGAAGUUCCUGAACGACUGUGAUUGCGUUGUGUAGUUUACCAACAGGCAA